UCACACCGCCUCACUUAGCAGUUUGGCGCGGAAAGAGGACGGAUUAAAUAUGGAGAAUGGAAGUGCAACAUAUAAAACAUUUCCAAACUGGAUGGGAGAGUUGCCAGACAGACUACGAAGUGAAUCAUUGAAAAAUAUAGCUAUUCCAGGAUCUCACAACUCAUUCAGUUUCUUCCUCGACUGCAAGUCACCUGUUGCACCAGGAUCACCCAAAAUACUAAAGGACAUGAUAGAUUUCCUUAGUAAAAAUAUUGCAGUUGCAGUCAACAUGGCCAAGAAGAUCAUCCACAGAUGGUCAGUCACACAGGCACUCAACUUUAAGCAGCAGCUGGACCUGGGGAUUCGCUACUUUGACUUCCGGAUUUCCCCCUGGCCUGGCAAGGAGGGCUUCUAUUUUGAGCACGGCCUGUAUGGGUUACUCGUCAGUGAUGGCCUGCGAGAAAUCAAUGACUGGUUGAAUGAACAUCCCAGGGAAGUUGUCAUUAUUGAUUGCAAUCAUCUUUACGAUAUGCAGGCGAAGGAUCAUGAUGGGCUUAUAUCCUGCAUAGAGGAGGCCUUUUCUUCCAAGCUUUGUCCAGAGAUGGAUUUAGAAGGGGUUACCCUGAAUGUCCUCUCCGAUGAAGGUUGGCAGGUCAUUACAAUCUACCAGCACGAUGAGAUAUCGGCGAAGCAUACUAACAUCUGGCGGAAAUGCACCAGUAUCAAAAGUAAAUGGCCCGACACGGAUGAACCACUCAAGAUGAUGACCGAACUCAAUGAUGACCUCACUACAGGUAGGCCCCCGGAUAUGUUCUACGUAUCACAGGGUAUCUUGACACCGACUGUCAACACCAUCCUGCAGCACAUUGGUAGUAACUUGAAAGAUGAGUUUGCACUUACUGCGAUUAUGCAAACAAAGAUUUUCCUCAAAGAUAAAACUAGUGGACCCACUGGUAUUAAUAUUGUUAUUGCAGACUUUGUAGAGAUGGAGCAAUUUGUUGAGGCUGUGCUUGCACUCAAUUCAAAGGAGUAGUGGAGUCAUGCAAAGUGCCAAACUUCAAAAUUAAAGAUUCAAUUUCAAUUUCAAAUUUCAAAUUUAUUCGUGUUUCCAACAAAACAUUAAAA